GACUAGCAGCGAGUGAAAAAUUUCUAUCCGCUAUGGCUCUACGUGUUCUCAAUAUGGCUUUGCGCCGUCAAUUGGCCAAACAAAUGCCACUUACCUCUCAAGUUGGCAGCGUUGCCUCUGUCCACACCUUGGACAAAAUUGGCAAACGUGAAAUCGUAGGCUAUGGCUGGAACGGUACUGCCUGUUAUGCCGAUCGUGUCGAUUAUCCCAUGCCAGCCAUCCGUUUCCGUGAGGCCACCAAUGAAAUCAAUGCCUUGCGCGAGAAGGAGAAGCAAGAUUGGAAGAAAAUGAGCACUGAGGAAAAGAAGGCCUUAUACCGUGCCAGUUUCUGUCAAACUUUCGCUGAAAUGAAGGCCGGUACCGGCGAAUGGAAAUUGCAUGUUGGUUUGGGUUUGAUCUUCUCCACCUUAGCCAUCUGGGUUGCCAUUUUCAUGAACACCUUUGUCUACGAUGAAAUGCCAGUUACCUUCGAUGAAGAGCACCAAAAGGCUCAAUUGAAACGUAUGUUGGAUUUGGAAAUGAACCCCGUUACCGGUGUCUCCUCCAAAUGGGAUUACGAAAACAAGAGAUGGAAGUAGAUUUUUCCAGCUGUUAUUUAAAUUUGCUAAAAACAGCCAAACAAUGUGUAUUGUGUACUCUAUAUAAACAAAUAAUUUAAGUUAUUACCAUCCAACCAAAAACAUAAAAUCUGUUUUUUUCCUGUGA